AUGAUCACCAUUGACUACUAUUCAAAGUUCAUAGAAGUUGAUCAUUUGCCUAUGACAGACAGCUCUACAGUAGUUGACAAGCUAAAGGCACAAUUUAUUCGUCAUGGCAUACCAGAAAUACUGAGAACUGACAACGGUCUGCAAUACUCAUCAGCAUUAUUCGCCAAAUUCUGCAAAGACUACGAAACACAGCAUCACACCUCCUCGCCAUAUUAUCCUCAAUCUAAUGGAGAGGUAGAGCGAGCAGUGCAGACGGUGAAAAGGCUAUGGAAGAAAAGUACAGACAAAGACCUAGCCUUACUAGACUACCGCACAAUCCCUAUUGUUGCCUGUUGUAACCUAUCACCUGCCCAAUUUUUAAUGGGACGAAGGCCCCGUAAUCUAAUACCAACAGCAAAAUCACUUCUCCAGCCAAAGUCAUAUAAUACCACCGACAUUACACAACGGUUCAGGCAAUAA